GCUGAGCGAGUGUAGCAGAGCGAAAAGGCUUUUUUCGGGGCAAGCAGCCGACUGGCCACUUCGCUUGGAUGGAGCUCAGCAUGUUUACCGCCGGUCGCGUUACAUUUUCAACCUAAUUUUUUUUUUAAUGUUUCGUUUGCAAACAUUAUACGACACACCAGCGCUAGCUUUAGCCCGCUGCGCUCUGCUCCGUCUCGGCUAAGCUGCAUGAUUUCUGUUGUGUUGCUGGCUAGUUUUGGCUACAAUGCUAGUUCGCUAGUUAGCUAAUUUGCUAAAAAAAAAAAAAAAAAAAAAAAAGCUAGAAAAGGCGCUUAGAGAAGUGAGAUUUGUUCGUUAGCGAACUCGGAAUACACCGAAAACUCAGCGGUACUGCGUGAUUUUCUCGUAUUUAGUUUUUUUUUUGUUUAUUUUUUUCCACUAUUGUUGAUUAUAUAUUUUUCUUUUAAACGCUUCGUAACCGUUGCGCGUUUGCAGAAAGUGAACGCUGCUUCAUUAUUCCCCGUUUUCCUCCAAAACAAAUUUUUUUUUUUAUUCUUUUCAUUUCUUAACCGUCUUUGUUUUUAUUUUAUUUUAUUUUUUAUACAUAUACAUGUGUAUAUAUAUAUACGUAGCUACAGAAUCUAAACGCUGCACUGUUUAACUUUUUUUUUUAACCUUGUUAAUAUUAAUUAAAAAAAAAACAACGACGAAUGAUGCUGCGUUCACUGUCUGGACUACUUAACGUUGUCGAUGAGUGUUUAUUAAUUCCUUUUGUUUGUUUAGUUUAACGCUUUGCCUUUUUUUUUUGGAAACGUUUCCAACACUCCGUUUACGUUUUCGAACCAAAACAAACAAAAACACCCAAACAAACAACAAAACUUAGUGUUUUAAACGGUAUUAAAGGUGAAUACGUGCUUUUUUUUUUGCGCAGCCGCGGUACAUGAUCUCAGACUCGGACACUUAACUACAUCCUAAAGCUCCCUUCGUGUAUUUAACACUAAAUAACAAUUUGGGAGCUUGUUUUUUUUGUUGUUGUAAAUCUUAAAUCAUGGAUGAUCAUCAGACCCGCAUGCUGUCGGGACUAACCGGGCUCGGAGGACUGGGUCAGGGCGACCCGAAUGACCCGGAUCCGGUCCGGAAGCAGCAGGACAUCGGGGACAUCCUGCAGCAGAUCAUGGCCAUCACUGAUGAGAGCCUGGAUGAGGCCCAAGCCAGAUGCUGGCCAGAGGAGGGACGAGGCGACCCCACACAGACAGGGGGAGCCGGGGGGAGCGCGCAGGCAGGGGGGGAAUGCACCCUGCCGCUCGACUUCCAACACAGAAAACACGCGUUGAACUGCCACAGAAUGAAGCCGGCUCUCUUCAGCGUGCUGUGUGAGAUCAAAGAGAAGACGGUGUUGAGCAUCCGUGGCGUGCAGGAGGAGGAUCCCCCCGACCCCCAGAUCAUGCGUCUGGACAACAUGCUGCUGGCCGAGGGAGUUUCCGGUCCAGAGAAAGGCGGCGGUUCUGCUGCGGCGGCGGCAGCCGCGGCGGCCGGAGGAUCACCGAACGAUGGCAGCGUGGAGCACUCGGACUACAGAGCCAAAUUGGCUCAGAUCCGCCAGAUCUACCACUCCGAGCUGGAGAAAUACGAACAGGCCUGCAGUGAAUUCACUAACCACGUGAUGAACCUGCUGAGAGAGCAGUCACGCACGCGGCCCAUCUCACCCAAAGAGAUCGAGCGCAUGGUGGCCAUUAUUCACCGCAAGUUCAGCUCCAUCCAGAUGCAGCUCAAGCAGAGCACCUGCGAGGCCGUCAUGAUCCUCCGCUCCCGUUUCCUUGAUGCCAGACGCAAGAGGCGCAACUUCAACAAGCAGGCGACGGAGGUGCUGAACGAGUAUUUCUACUCGCACCUGUCCAACCCGUACCCCAGUGAGGAAGCCAAGGAGGAGCUGGCGAAGAAGUGCGGCAUCACCGUGUCUCAGGUCUCUAACUGGUUCGGCAACAAGAGAAUUCGGUACAAGAAAAAUAUCGGCAAGUUUCAAGAGGAAGCGAACCUGUACGCAGUAAAAACAGCUGUGGACGCAGCUAACGUUUCUGCACAGGCCAGCCAGGCGAACUCCCCCGCCACACCUAACUCAGGUGGAUACCCAGCGCCCUGCUACACACCUGACGGCCGGCUAUGAGGAGCGGUCAGGAAGUGCCCUUUACACCCCACACUGCCUAGACGCCAACAGCAGCUGGCAGGAAAACCCUAACACUCCUUCACCCGCACAUCCCAGCAGCAUCCAGUCACAAACCUCCAACUGAGAGAGACACACACACAAACACACACACACACACUAGACCUCAGCGCUUCCACCAGUCCAACUCCGCUUCCUCCUCGGACUCGCCUUUUGUUUUGCAAGCUCUCAGCUACUACAUCUGUAACGAGCCCCACACCCAACACACACACACACACACUCCCUCACACACUCCCUCACACACUUUCAAGUUCGGACUUCAUUGGACAGUCGUAUAGGAGCUUCGCUCAGGAAGGAAACACAGGAAAAGGAAAAAGAAAGGUCACAUGUCAGAGCAUUCUGCUCUGUGCUGGAGUGUGUGUGUGUGUGUGCGCGUGUGUGUGUGUGUGUGCGCGUGUGUGUGUGUGUGCGCGUGCGUGUGUGUGUGUGUGCGCGUGCGUGUGUGUGUGAGCACGCACAUUUACUAAGCCAGCUACACUGAAGACCACAGGAUCUCCGUCCUGCCUGCUUUGAACCAAAGCGCUGUCGAGGGUCACGCGUUUGUCCGUUAGAGAACGUCCUCAGACAGCAGCAGCACGUUGUCAACACCACGCAGAUUGUCCUCCGUCUCCGUCUCCAGUCUCUUUCCGAGGCCGUGCACUCCACAGCUGCCAACUCCACAUCGUCACUAAGGUCAUCGAUUCCUAAGGAGAACGCUCACUACUCGCUAGCCGUCUUCCUGCGUUUCCGAAAAAUACAAAAUAUAUAGAAAUGUCUAUGAAAACAGCGAAGCACAACUGUUCAGUGUCGUAACUUUUUGUUUUGGGUUUUUUUUGUUUGUUUUUUUUUUAACUCCCGGAUGAACGGAGGAGAAGGUGGAGAGGAAGGCAGGUCUGUACUGGAGCGAAGGGACAGCGGUUUUAAUCACGAACCCGCAGGCUAGAUUUCUCGCCGGCCUUUUUUCUACUAUAGCCCCCUUUUUAUUUUUUAUUUUUCUCUCUCCGUUUUAACAGCUUAGCGGCUUUUAAUAGCUUCCUUCCUCACAGCGUAGAGUUGAGUAGAACUGAUAGCUUUCCAGCCUGUGAGAAGAGAAGAGCUGUGGCUUAAGCUUUGUGCCACCGAACAUUUACCUUUUUUUCUUUUUAUCUUAAACAAUCAGAAAACCAGUCUUCCAUCCUUGCAUGUUAACUCUUGGAGACUAAUACCCUCGUGUAGCUCGUCAUUGUGUGUUUUUUUUUUUUUUAAUUUUUUUUUAUUUUUUAUUGUUUCCUUCUAACAAGCAAGUCAACACUGCAGAAUGUAACGGAACGACAGACCAAAAAAAAAAAAAACGCCACGUUUUGGAGGAUCGCGACAGUUUUUACAUCAGCCUUCGACUCAACCCCGAGGUUUCAGAGGCUGCGUCGACCCGACCGCGUACCUCUGAACCAAAAGGGGAAAAAAAAAAACGGAAAGAAAAAAUAGAUUGAAAUCAUAACCUGUAGGAGGAUGUAAAAACCCACCAGGAGGAAGUGGGCUUCGAGUCGACGCUUUUGUACGGUUAUCAUUUUUUUUCCGUUUUUUGUCUUGUUACUCUUUUUAUCUGAUUGUAUCUUUCUCUAUAUGCGACGGAAAGCAUCCAUACUGUGAUACUAGCAUGCCACAUCGUCCCGUUUAUUAAAAAAAAACCUUUAACCUGGCCGAGGAUCAAGGGCUCUUCUCUUAUUUGAAGUCGAACCAAAAAAAAAAAAGCGUGCGGUUGUUUUAAAGCUGGUGGACUGCAACACACGCCGAGGACCGUCACGUUAAACUCCAGUUUCCUGAACACAGGAAGUGCGCAAAUAAAGCGCGGACGUCUUCUGUUUUGAAGCCGUUUCUCUCACUUUCUCCCACUCUCUCGCUCUCGUGUUUGUUUUUUUAAAUAACCUUUAAUACUGACAAAUGGAAAUUGUUACACAAUGAACUUGACACCUGAAAUGUAAGAUGGGUAUUGUUUCCACACACACACACACACACACACACACACACAGAGGCGAGCAGAUGAAAUGAUGUUUUUACCCACAUCUGUAUAGAUUAAUGUUAAUCCAUUUCAGCUGGCUGGCUUUUCUUCUAACUAAUGCUAUUACUACACCAAAAUAUUUUGUUUUUUUUUUUAUUAUUAUUAAUAAUAAUAAUAACUUUUUUUUCUUCCUCCCUUCCUCCUUUUUGUACUCGUCAUCACCGGAUGUCAUUGUACAGAUUGUGGAAUGUUUAAGUGUAUUUCUCUUUUUUAUAAAAUGUACACGUUUGAUUUUAGUUACUUUUUAUUUUGUGUUUUUUUUUUUCCUUCUUCUUCUUCUUCUUCUUCUCUCCUGACUUGACUGCACUCAUGAGCUUUGGAGUGUUUGUAUUUUGUAUUUGUAAUGUUGUUGAGUUUGAUUCUGGGUUGUUUUUUUUUUUUCUCUCUCUUUCUCUCUUUCUCUCUCUCUUUUUUGUUCUUUCUUUAAAUCGGUUGUAUUUGCGUCCGGUGCAGUGAAACCCGAAGCUUAUCUGCGUAUUUUCUGGAGACGUUUUUAGAAACCCGACAAAUAGGUGAAAGGUUACGGUUCGUGUCGCAGGUUUAGCAGAGUGUUUGUUCGCUCCCCAGGAGAUCCAGCCUGGCAGCAGCUCCGACUCCUCCCAGCAGCUCGGAGCUCUUUUCUGUCCUUUAAAAAAAAAAAAAAAAAAAGUACAGCUGCUAAGCGUGCGAUGUUUUCAUUCCUGGAAGCUGUUGGUCGUUUACGACGUCUUUCUGCAGCUGUGGCAUGAACAGACAUGUUCGCCGAGCGCACGCACACGCGCACGCCCCUGACAUCCUGGAAUUGUGCCACAUUGCUGGAAUUUCUCGGAGCGUCUCACCUGAGACAGACUCGAGUCUCACAUCCUGUUUACACCUCGGGCUUUCACACUGCUCGCAGGUCAGGGUUUAUCCAGUCAAUUAAUUUAACCAUUUAAAAACUAAACGAGGAACAAAACAGGAAGCUAAACAGAGUGAGACGAUUUACAUGUUAACGUUAACGCGCGAUCUGGAACGAAGCCUCGAUAUCCGUUUAAAACCCGAGCCGAUCCUAGACGGACCCCCGUAUCCGUACACACACACACACACACACACACAAACAACAACAACAAAAAACACUCAAUCUUGUGACGAGGUUCAGUUUCACUGCACUGUAAACAAACACACCGAUUUUGUGGUUUUGUUACAUAUAUUUUUUUCCCCUCUAGAAUUGUAGUGUAUCUCUCUCUCUCUCUCUCUCUCUCUCUCUCCCUCCCGUCUUUUCCACCUCUGUAUCCCUCACACCUCCUUUUCUCUACCUCUCCCUUUACCUCUCUUCUGUUCUCUCCAUUUCUCUUGUAUAUAAAACCCUGCCAUUUUCAGACUUGUUAGUCUGGUAUGAACUCCUUUUAUACCUCAACUUUAGAACUGUUCUAGUAAGAGAAAAGAAAAAAAAAAAAACAUCAAAGGAAAUAUGAGAAUUGUAGUGUUCCUUAUUAGAAAAUCGAAAACUAAUAAAAUAAUCUAGUGUGCUUUUGA